UUUGACGUCAUUUCCGGACAAAUUUAAGCUAAUGCUACCCAGAAUACAAAAUUGUAAAUUAACUGCUGAUAGCUUUGAGCUAUUUUGACAUGUUUGGCUUGGGUAGUCGAUGCAAGGAAGAGUAUAUUGCAGUGGUGUGGCAACUUCAUUCUGCUAUCGUCUCUACCGUGACCCCUAUUUAGUUACACAUGCCAGGAGCAGUUAAUUGUUAGCCUAGCUUUAGCCAUGCUCUCUGACUCCGCUUUCACUUGUCUUCUGGGUUGCGGCUUGCUUGUGACAGGGACCACAGCUACUAGCUAGCUUGGUAGCUAGCUAGCUAAGCAUACAUUUUCCCCAGUAUUAACAAUUUUGUGUUGUUUUUUGUUCGUUUCUUGGACCUUUUAUUUUCUGACGCAGUCCGUGGAACAGCGGUGGUCUACAGAAACUGCACUUCGUUUGUUUUAACACGUAUAAUACGCUGUUAGCUUAAGUAGCAAGCUAGCCAACCGGCUUAUUUUGAGGAAACGUCUUAUUUUUUUGAUGACAUAUAAAUUGAUGUCGACGUUGCCUUGACCCGGGCAGUAAAGUCCAUUAACCGACGAGGGCCAGUCAUCGUCUGCUGACGUUUUUUUACCACCCAGCCAGGAGCCGGAGCUUUCAUUCCUGUGGUAAUUUGCCUGCCACGAUGGCUUCUUCCUCUGGAAACGACGACGACCUCACCAUCCCCAGAGCAGCCAUCAACAAGAUGAUUAAAGAAACUCUCCCCAACGUACGAGUGGCUAACGACGCCAGGGAGCUUGUGGUUAACUGUUGCACAGAGUUCAUACACCUCAUAUCCUCUGAAGCCAAUGAGAUAUGCAACAAGUCCGACAAGAAGACCAUAUCUCCCGAGCAUGUCAUCAAUGCUCUAGAGAGCCUCGGUUUCGCAUCGUACAUCACGGAGGUGAAGGACGUCCUGCAGGAGUGUAAAACUGUAGCUCUGAAGAGGAGGAAGGCCAGCUCUCGACUGGAGAACCUGGGCAUCCCAGAGGAAGAGCUGCUCAGGCAACAACAGGAAUUAUUUGCCAAGGCGCGGCAGCAGCAGGCGGAGCUCGCCCAGCAAGAGUGGCUACAGAUGCAGCAGGCCGCCCAACAGGCACAGAUGGCGGCGGCAUCUGCCAGCGCCGCCCAGCAGGCCAGUUCCUCUCAGGAUGAAGAUGAAGACGAGGACAUGUGAUCCCAGGAUGCCACUCCACUCCUCGCCAGAAUCCCCUCCUGGGACAGCGCUGGCACACGAAUCCCUCAGUGCUGUCAUCGGCAGAGACAUGAGGCGUGUUUGACCGCCGGUAUAACAUGGAUAAUGCACAUUGGUAUGGACACUGAAGAGAACGAUGACUGGGGGUUUCAAGAUAGCCUCACCUUCAGACACCAGAACACAAUAAUGAUUUGGAUUGAGAGGCUGCAGAGUUAUUGAUCAGCCCCAUCUCCCCCCCUUUCCCCCCCCGAUGCUUCUGUUUAAUUAUGUCUUGAUAUUAUGUUGUGAGUGAUUUGUAGAUUUCUGGAUGUGUUGUGGACACUGAGGGCAGAGGUUGCCUGGGACAUGUUGGUGAAUUUUGGUGAUAAUGCGACAAGUGUUUGCACCUUUGGGUACAGCUUAGUUAUGUUGUACUAGAUCACUUUUGGUGGUUUAGGAGAACUGCUUUAGAAUGAUUUCAAAGCAGUCGAUUUCUCCUCUCUUGUGGUUUGAUGGUCACUUUUACAGAAAGGGUUCCCUCUACCUUCUCUUGAUGCAUUUGUUCCACAGAGGAUAAUUUGAGGGGUAGUGAAUAUAGGAAUUUUUUUUUUGUUAAGUAGAGAAUUAAAUGGACAUUUUGUUUAAUUUUAGCUCAUUCAGAUGCUUUAUGUUGCAUUUCCUUUCUACCUUGAACCACCCUGCAGUAUUGCUAAUUAGCGACACGUUUCAGAAACUAUAUUUUUGUCUCAUAGAACCAAAGAUAGAGGAGAGACUAACAGCCCAGAGUUAGUGUGUUUUUUGUUUUUAAAGGUGUAGGUGCUGAGGCGUUUCUCGUCGCUGACUCUGGGUCAGUCUAAACAAUGUUGAGGAUCAUUAACCUUCGACUUUGUAAAACGCUUUGAUAUCCAGGCUGAAUUUGUUAUUUCCCCUCUCUUCGGGUGCAGUAUCAAACAUGUGCAUUGUGACUGUGGUCAAUCCUCAGUGUAAAGACAAGUAACCUGGUUGUGAUACACAUUCACUCGCCUAUGCUGCGAAGAUGUAUUCUUUAAGCAAUAAAGGAAUCAUAUUUUAUA